GGCCUCCGGCAGCAUAGUGCACAUUUCCCAGGCGCAUCAUCAGAGCUGACGUGGGCUCUACGUGUGCAGCGAGUCGGGCUUCCUCUCCACCCGUAACGAGUGACGAGACUCUACGUAAAACUCGGGCCGAUCGCCAUGGAAACUGCAACCGUAGCGCAACAGGAAGCCAGUGCAACUGAGAAAGCAACAAGUGAGGUGAAUGAGGGUGUGUCUGUGGUGUCAUUACCUGAUGGACAGACACUGCAGGUGCAGGGAGUCAUUCAGACCACACAGCCCUCUGUUAUCCAGUCACCUCAGAUACAAACUGUGCAGGUAGCUGUUGAUACUGGUGGAUCGGGUACGACACCAUCAGAUCCUCAGAAGAGAAGGGAGAUUCUGUCCAGACGUCCGUCUUACAGGAAAAUUCUUAAUGAAUUGUCAUCAGAUGUGCCUGCUGUGCCUAAGAUUGAGGAAGAGGAGAAAGUGGAGGAAGAAUCUCCAGCCACCAGUGUUGCUACUGUGACGGCACCAUCUUCAAUCUACCAGACCAGCUCAGGGCAAUACAUUGCAAUCACUCAAGGUGGAGCGAUACAGCUGGCCGGCCCUGGAGGAGAGGCCCUCCAGGGGGUUCAGGCUCUGACUCUUCCCAGCCCUGCCACACCGCAGCCUGGGGCCACUAUCCUGCAGUACGGAGCCCAGCCUGGAGACCCCGGCCAACAGCUACUGCUCACUGCUGGACAGGUGCUCGUUCAGGCUGCCACAGGAGACAUGCCAGCAUAUCAGAUCCGCUCCCCGUCGUCAGGGUUACCACCAGGCGUCGUUAUGGCAGCGUCACCGGGGGCCAUGCACAGCCCACAACAGAACGCAGAGGAGGCCACACGCAAGAGAGAAGUCCGCCUGAUGAAGAACAGGGAAGCGGCCCGCGAGUGUCGCCGAAAGAAGAAAGAAUACGUAAAGUGCUUGGAGAAUCGCGUCGCUGUGCUGGAAAACCAGAACAAGACUCUCAUAGAGGAGCUCAAAGCUCUUAAAGACAUCUACUGCCACAAACCAGAAUAACCCUCACAAACACUGCACAAGGACUGUGUGAUUCACACACUACCUUUUCUUCUCUUCUUCUGUUGCAUCGCCUGGAUUUUAGCGGUUUUUUGUUUGUUUGGCCAAAUGUUUUUAUAAGAAGUUGCUAAUGUUGCUUUGAGGAUGCUACUCACACGCACACACACACAAACACACAUUUUAAGACGGGCGUAUAUUGUUGUUCUCUGUGUUUCAAAAAAACUGGAACUCUUCACUGAUUGUGUGAAAAAAAAAAAGUGUUUUUAGAUUGAAAUCAGAACAAGCAAAGUAAACUGCUGCACACAUAAACAGCACUUUUGUUAGACAUAUAAUUUAGCAGGAAAUAUGUGGAAAAUACAAUUUCUAUUCAGUAAAUCUGAGGCAACCCAGGGAAUUUAAACAAUUUAUAGCAAUACAUUAUGUUUUGGACCUGUUUAAAUCAGGUCCUUUUCCUUGUGUAAAUUAGAUUUCAAUCAAGUUUGCACAUUUCAGUAUGAAUAAUUAAAAAAACUGUGGUUUUUAAUAAAGAAAACAUUUAAUGCAACACCCCAGAAAUCACUAUAUUUUUAGUACAAAGUCAGAACUUCAGUUUAUGCCGUUUAUGUGUGCAGUGUGAAUCACCUAAUUGCUAAAACACAAUAUUUUCCACUGAUUUUUUUAUGUAAGUAAAAUUAUGUGCAUUAGAUUGAACUGUUUGAAGUUGUUUAUUAGUAGUCAUAAGAGUUCAUGGCUGAAUGUAACAGUGACCUAAAACAUCACCAAGAAACGUGACAUAAUAUUGACGUAAGUGCUUAAAGGGAUAGUUCACCCAAAAAUGUACACUUUUGUUUUCUUCUCUGGUACACAAAAGGUGACGUUUUAGAAAAUACAGUGUUGUUUUGAACCUCAUUGUCUUAUAUUGUGUAGACAAAACCAGUUCUUCAGAAUAUCUUCUUUUGUUUUUUUGUGGAAGAAAGUCACACAGGUUUGGAAUUACAUGAGGGUGAAUAUAUAAGAAUGAGAAUUCAUUUCUGGGUGUACUGUCCCUUUAAGACCGUUCCUAACUCCCUAUUACACAGAUUUACUUCUAUUCAUUCAGCUCUUUUAUUCAUGGAUGUAACAUAAGUAUAAAAUUUUUGUUAAAAUACUUUUACUAUACAUUAAUAUGCAGACACAAAUUAUAAAUUAGCCAUUUGUAGGUUGAUUGCUCUGUUUGUUUGAGCAUCCCAACACAGCAACAUGGGCUCAACCAAUGGAGUGAGUUUGAGGCGGAGCUAUCUGUUUGUUUAACCAAUGAAAGACCCAGGGAGUGGCAGUGAAAUUAUUCUUGAGCUUUAAUGCUUUGUUUAUUUGUGCUAUGUGACGAACAGUAUGUGAAUUUUGCAUGGAGAAAAAUGGUGUAACAUUAUGAAUUGUGAACGUCACAAAUGUUGCUUUUGAUGUAAUAUUGUAUAUUAAUUUUAAAUCUCAGUAAUUAAUUUGUAUUUCAUUGUUUAUAUUGGUAGAGGAGAAUUUUGUGAAAAGAGGCUUUUGUGAGUAAUAAGAGUGCAGAUUCUCUAAAUCAAGACAGGUGGCAUUAACUGAACAGAAUUCCUCAUAUUUCAGCUGUUAGGAUGCCGGUGUGUGUGUGUGUGUGUAUCUUCUAUUUCUCAGACAAUGCUAGUAAUCAUGACUUUAUCUUCACUUACAGCCAAUCACGUUUCUGUGCUUCACUGAUGUACUAUUCUAUAUAGUCUGGGCAGAAAAUGGAUUUGGUUUAAUAUUUAAAUAGCUUAUGUUUACUAUUAAUCUCUUAAUUAGAUUGAUGUUAAUAUAACAGAUUGUACGCCCUGCCCUUCUUUAACACUGUACAGAGCGCUGACAUCUAUUUUUAAUAAAAUAUUUUUGUAAAUGUA